UUAUCUAAAGAUUAGAUGGAACAACUUCUACUAGAUCCCAUGAAGUAUAAAAAUUGUAAGCCAAAUAUGCACAAAGGACACAACAUAGUUUCCAUGGAAAUUCUUGAUUGUUCCAUUAUGUCCAUAACAGCCACCGUUGUCUCAUUUCUCUUUUGUGGAUUCAUAGUUCAUCUUCUGACAAGAAAACUACAUGACAAAAGGAGAUACCAUCCAAUCGGUGGCACCAUUUUCAAUCAGCUCAUCAACUUCCACAGGUUGCACCAUUUCAUGACUGAUCUUGCUGGCAAGUACAAGACUUACAGAUUGAUUAGCCCUUUCAGGAAUGAGAUUUAUACUUCUGACCCUGCUAACGUUGAGUACAUUCUCAAAACAAACUUUGACAACUAUGGCAAGGGAUGGCAUAGUUACAGCAUCCUAAAGGACCUGUUAGGGGAUGGAAUUUUCGCAGUUGAUGGUGAUAAGUGGAGGGAGCAGAGGAAGUUGUCGAGUCACGAGUUCUCCACAAGGGUCUUGAGGGAUUUUAGCAGUGUGGUUUUCAGAAAAAAUGCAGCCAAGUUUGCCCAUAUAUUGUCUGAACUUGUCAAAUCCAACAAGAUAGUGGACAUUCAAGAUCUGUUCAUGAAAGCAACUCUAGAUUCCGUAUUCAAGGUUGCCUUCGGAGUUGAGCUAGACAGCAUGUGUGGUUCAAAUGAACAAGGCAAAAACUUCAAUGCUGCAUUUGACAACGCAAGUGCAAUGACACUUUGGAGAUAUGUUGAUGUUUUCUGGAAGAUUAAAAGAUAUCUCAAAAUUGGAUCAGAAGCAAAGUUAAAAGAAAAUAUAAAAAUUGUUGACGCAUUUGUUUGUAAACUGAUCCGUAGAAAAACUGAGCAGAUGAGUGCGCCAGAAGCUGAUUUAUCUUGGAAGAAAGAAGACAUUUUGUCAAGGUUUCUGCAAAUAUCUGGUACAAAUCCAAAGUAUUUGCGUGAUAUAAUAUUGAACUUCGUAAUAGCAGGCAAAGAUACAACAGCAACCACCCUUUCCUGGUUCAUAUAUGUGCUAUGCAAGUACCCUCAUGUACAGGAGAAAGUAGCACAAGAGAUCAAAGAAUCAACAACCGAGAAAGAAAAUGCAACAGAUAUAACAGAUUUUGCUGCCAAUGUAAGUGAAGAUGCCCUUGAAAAGAUGCAAUAUCUUCAUGCAGCACUGACAGAGACCUUAAGGCUUUAUCCUGCAGUUCCAGUGGAUCCAAAAAUAUGCUUUUCUGAUGACACCUUACCAGAUGGAUUCAGUGUGAAGAAAGGGGACAUGGUGAGUUACCUACCAUAUGCAAUGGGAAGAAUGAAAUUUAUAUGGGGUGAUGAUGCAGAAGAAUAUAAACCGGAGAGAUGGCUUGAUGGGGACGGUUUCUUCAGGCAAGAGAAUCCCUUCAAAUUUACAGCUUUCCAGGCAGGGCCAAGGAUUUGCUUGGGAAAGGAGUUUGCUUAUAGGCAAAUGAAGAUAUUCUCUGCUGUUUUAUUACAUCACUUUGUUUUCAAGUUGAGUGAUGACAACAAGGCUACCAACUACAGGACAAUGAUUACUCUUCACAUUGAUGGGGGAUUGCAUGUUCGUGUCUUUAGUAGACAGCGCAAUUAGAAAGAUCGAGUUUGCACUGAUAUGUAUUACCGAAUUUUGUUUGUAACAUCAAUAUCCAAAAUAAGACUAUCAAAUGACAAUGAGAUUUGCUAUCUAUGGAAUCUGUCAUGGUUACACAUUCA